AUGGCCCCAAAGACGAAGGGCAAGAAGGGCAAGAAGACGGACGACGACUUCUGGGAAAAGGCUGGUGAAUCAGUCGCUAACAACAAUGUGGCGAACGGGGCAGAUGACGAUGUGGACGAUGCUCCUCCAGUCAAGCCGAAGUUCUCAGCUUUCGCAGCCCUAGGAGUCGAGGAUACUGGCGCAGAGCCCGAGGAAGAGGAAGACUUCGGAGGCCUGAUGUCGGCUCUCAAGGCCUCAGCGAAUAAGAAGAAAGAUAAGAAGGACAAGAAGAAGAAAAAGGCCGACUUCGACGACGAUGUGUAUGAGAAUAAUGAGCCAGUCGCCGAACCAGUACAGCCAAAAGGUCCCAUCGAGGUGACAGCCGAAGAUCUAGCCGACGAGGAGUGGGGUCCAGUCAAAGACAAGAAGGGGAAGAAGGGCAAGGGGAAGAAGGCGAAGGAGGAUAUAUCAGCAGCGCCAGCCGAAGACGCCGUUGAGACUCCGUCUGCUGCGCCCGCUGCCGCCUCUGCUGGCGGCGAAGAUGACGAAGAGCCUGGAAUAAAGGUGCUAUCCAAGAAGGAGAAAGAGAAGCUGAAGAAGGAGCGCGAAAAGGCCAAAAAGAAAGCACAGGCUGCCGCUAAGAAGACUGCUGAAGGAGGAGACGCGCCACCUGCGCCUGAACCACCCGAAGAGGCGGCAGGCGGUGGCAAAAAUGAUAAGAAAAAGAAGAAAAAGAAAGCAAAGAAAGAGGAGGAUGCCCCCGCCCCCGCUGCGGCAGCGGCAGCGGGCAAGAAGAAGGGCGGUAUUAGUGCCUUGAAAGCAUUGAUGGAAGAGAAGAAACGGUUAGAGGAGGAAGCUAAGCGUCGCGAAGAAGAGGAAAGGCUGAGGAUUGAGGAAGAGGAGCGCCAGGCAGCUGAAGAAGAACGGAAGAAGGAAGAAGAAAAGCAACGGCGCAAGGAGAAGGAGAAGGCGAAACGCGAGGUUGCUCGCAAAGAAGGUCGCUUACUUACCAAAAAACAGAAGGAGGAGCGUGCAAUGGCCGAACUGCGCAAAAAGGCACUCCUUCAGUCUGGCGUGCAGAUCGAAGGACUUCAACAGGCAACGGGUAACGGUGCUCCUUCAAAGAAAGUGGUCUACGGCAAUCGCAAGAAGAAGGGACCAGCUGCGAAAGACAUCACCAAGGAGGCGUCUCCAGCUCCUGUAUCUCGGCCUGAGACUCCAGAUUCUACGGCCACACCGCCGCCUCAAACUCCGAAAGAGGGAUCUGUUGCCGACGAUGAGGUUAAGGAUGACUGGGAUGCGAGCAGUGAAGAUGAGUCCAAAGCUGCACCUAAGGCCGAAGGGAUCAAGGAUUCUUGGGAUGCUUCCAGCGAUGACGAAGAUAGCAAAGCACCUCCGCCCCCACCGAAACCCCUGGAAGAGGAGGAGGAAGAGGAGGAAGAGGAAAGCUCGGAGGAAGAGUCUUCAGAGGAGGACUCUGAUUCUGAGGACGACUCUGACUCCGACGAUUCUUCUGACGAUGAAUUGACCCAGGCACAGAAGGUGACUGCUCAGCGCAAGGCAGAGGCUGCUGAGCGUCGUGCCAAGGCCCAUGAAGCUGCUCUGGCCGCGAGGAGUAAAGAUAAUCUUCGCAGUCCCAUUUGCUGCAUUUUGGGGCACGUCGACACGGGUAAGACGAAGUUGCUCGACAAGAUUCGGCAAACAAACGUGCAAGAGGGCGAAGCUGGAGGCAUUACACAGCAAAUUGGAGCCACGUACUUCCCAGUAGAAGCAAUCAAGACUAAGACCGCUGUCAUGAAUAAAGACGGGACGCAAGAGUAUAAAAUUCCAGGUUUACUCGUGAUCGAUACCCCUGGUCACGAAUCGUUCACCAAUUUGAGGUCUCGUGGAAGUUCACUAUGUAAUAUCGCCAUCCUGGUCGUCGACAUCAUGCACGGCCUGGAAGCCCAGACGCUCGAAUCCUUGCGCCUUCUGCGCGAUCGUAAAACACCUUUCAUCGUCGCCCUAAACAAGAUCGAUCGUAUGUAUGGGUGGAAAGCAAUACCCGAUAAUUCCUUUGUCGAUUCGUUGGCACAGCAGGCCCGUUCUGUUCAGCGUGAGUUCGAAGACCGCCUGCAGAAGACUAUUCUGGCCUUCGCCGAGGAAGGCUUGAACGCGGUGCUCUACUACGAGAACAAGAACUUCGCGCGCAAUGUAUCGCUCGUGCCUACGUCAGCCAUCACUGGGGAAGGUGUACCAGACAUGAUUAUGUUGCUCGUUAACCUCACGCAGCAACGCAUGAGCGAUCGACUUAUGUACUUGUCCGAGCUCGAGUGCACCGUGCUCGAAGUCAAGGUCGUCGAAGGCCUGGGCACCACAAUCGAUGUCGUGCUUUCCAACGGUAUCCUGCACGAAGGAGAUAGAAUCGUGGUCUGUGGCUUGAACGGGCCGAUCGUCACUCAAAUCCGUGCCCUUCUGACACCGCAACCACUCAGAGAACUCCGUAUAAAGUCCGCGUACGUCCAUCACAAGGAGGUUAAGGCGGCUUUGGGUGUCAAGAUUACCGCCCCUGAUCUGGAAAAAGCCAUUGCCGGGUCACGACUCCUGGUUUGUGGUCCAGACGACGAUGAAGAUGAUCUUCGAGACGAAGUCAUGUCGGACCUCACCACCCUGUUGAACAACAUCGAUAAGUCUGGUAGAGGCGUCUGUGUACAGGCCAGUACUCUUGGUUCACUCGAGGCGCUCUUGGACUUCCUCAAUGUCAGCAAGAUUCCCGUCUCGGGGAUUAACAUUGGGCCUGUGCACAAGAAGGACAUUAUGCGUGCGGGCACGAUGCUCGAAAAGGCCAAGGAGUUGGCUGUCAUCCUCGCUUUCGAUGUCCCCGUAGACAAAGACGCUGAACGUCUUGCCGAGGAAAUGGGCAUCAAGAUCUUCAAAGCUGAUAUUAUCUACCAUCUCUUCGAUGCCUUCACGGCGUACAAUGCUGAAAUCAUAGAAGCAAAGAGACGUGAUGCCGCCCCUCAGGCAGUCUGGCCAUGCCGGUUAAAGAUUAUCGCCGCUUUCUGUAAACGUGAUCCUAUCAUCCUAGGCGUUGAUAUUCUCGACGGUUCUCUUCGCGUCGGCACACCAAUUGCUGUCGUCAAGGUCGAUCCAGUGACUCAGAAAAAGGAAAUCCACGAGCUCGGCAAAAUCACGUCACUGGAGAUUAACCAUAAGAAUCAAGACAUUGUCAAAAAGUCGCAAGCAGGUGGAGGAGUUGCCGUGAAGAUCGAGCACGCGGUGUACCAAUCGGCAAAGAUGUUCGGGCGGCAUUUCGAUGACAAAGAUGAACUUUAUAGUCGGAUCACCCGUCAAAGCAUUGACGUUCUCAAAGAAUCUUUCAAGGCUGACGUUUCUAACGAGGAAUGGAUGCUAAUAAAGGCUCUAAAACCAGUACGUAAAUGUCGUUCGUUUCGAAAGAAUGCGUACCAAACUAUUUCACAGCGCUUCGGGAUCCCGUAA